AGUUGGUUCAGUUUGUUGUGUGAGCUCUUUUGGGACGUUCAGUUAUGAAUUAUAUGCCGGGGACAGCAAGUCUUAUUGAGGACAUUGACAAGAAACACCUCGUCCUCCUACGCGAUGGACGAACACUAAUUGGAUAUUUGAGAAGCAUCGAUCAGUUUGCCAACUUGGUUCUCCACCAGACCCUGGAACGCAUUCACGUGGGCCGCAAAUACGGAGAUAUCCCGCGAGGAAUAUUUGUCGUGCGAGGAGAGAAUGUGGUCCUCCUGGGAGAGAUUGACCUGGAGAAAGAGAGCGCCUCCUCCCUCCAGCCCGUGACCAUCGAGAAGAUUCUAGAAGAACUGCGGCUGGAGCAGGAGAUCCGUCGCCGUGCCGAAAAGCUGAAGCUUCAGGUGCUCAAGGAGCGCGGCAUCACGCUACCUCGCUUCGACACCCUGGACGAGUAUUGAGAGAGGCGCCACUCGCAUUCUGGACUUUGGGGUUUGGUUGGGGGGAGGGGCGCCCCUUCCCUUGAGUUAGUGCUGGAGAACUUUGGCACAAAGAUCUCCUGACCCCCUCCUCACCUCUGUUGCUGCUGCCAUUCACUAUAUUCGUGACUCCCCCCCCCCCCUUGCUGGGACACUCCGCAUUGGUGGAAGAUGGUUGUCCACCACCCAGUGGUGAUGCUAGCAGCUGGCACAAGCCAAGCGGGCACCAUGUUUAUGCACUGGCUUUGCAGAGACUCCAGGGCUCCGGUCUUCCUGUUUUAUUGGCUCGGGAAUGGAGCAUGGGUCCCAUCCCAAGACCAAGUGCCUGAAUAACCUUGGGGCGUUGGGAUGGAGGGGGAAUCUAUCAGACCUCGCUUGAUCCUUCCCAACCACCCAAGUCCAGAUGUUGGCACUUUGCAAAUAUUGAGCUUUAUCUGCACCAUCCCACCAGCCCCGCACCCCUUCCCCCACAUUGCUCUGUCAUGUUGGAUGAGUUUUGGGAUUUGGCCGAACGCGGUUUGCUCUGGGAAUGUUGUGUGGAGGCGGAACAGAUUUUCCUGGAGACACUGGGUCUGAGCCUGAAUCUCCCCCUGAGGACGAGAGCUCUCCCAGGGGCACCUGUGUCCACAAACAGACUCGAACCUGCCCAUUUUGAUCUUUCACUUCUCUUUAAAGCUGCUCAAUUUGCUGUUUCCAGUUCAAGGUUUUUUUUUGUUGAAGAUGUAUCCGUGCCACUUUCAAACUAGGCUGAUUGAUUUGCCAAUCCCACUAUUUACUUUCUAAUGUCCGAACAGGAGUCAAACUGGUCUUUGGGAUAGAAUUACAUCCCGAAGAGUUGAGAGAGCCAUCAGGAGUAUGUUGACAAUCAUGUUUGUAUCUUUUUUUUGUCUGUGUUUUUGAGAGAGAGAGAGAGAAACCUCCUCUACCUGUAACUACUGGCCCCUCAAAAGAUGGUGUUCAAUUCUUGACACCAUCCAGUCUUUUUCUCUUCCCACUGAAAGUCACCAAUAAACUGCUUCUCCUUCACCACUGAAAA